CCGUGCAGAGUGUGUCUCACUUGAAUUAGCUAUAGCGGCGCUUUAUGGGCACAUAGCCAGGAACCGGUUGGAUGGACGAUGGCUAUACGAACUAUACAGGGAAACGAUUGGAAAUAGCCUGAGCACCAUUGCAAUCUCACAGCCACGUUUUGAAAUAGCCGCCGUCCUCCUUCGUAUCGUCCUCUUACCCUGAAAAGCAAUGCCAGUCAGAGUCUAGUUCAUCGGAUGUCAAACACGCGAAUGCAAGCAGUCGGUAGAGCUACUGCCACUCGUUUGCACCUCAUACUUCCCCUUAGGGUCGUCAGUGCGCCGUUGAGAAGUAUCUUCAUUCUGCCGUCGUUCGAAGAUAAAUAUGACAUAAACAAGACACGCACCAAUCGUUGACAUUCGAUAGCUCGGGCGUGCGUUGGAAAGCUUGGUCGUCCAGCGUUUGGUGAUAUCGACAAGCAGAAGAAUGUCUACCGACUGUCAGACUUUGCUAGCGUCCGCUGUCGGACCGAUGCGACCUUUCUGGACAAGCACAGCUGUGUUCUAUCUUUUUGUCUUCGCUUCUUUUAUUCCCUCUAGAAGUGUAAACCACGAUGUUCCGACGCGGGAUCGUCCAGCUGUGACACUCGGCUUCGGCGAUGGCGACAUGGUACGUGCCUGAUCGUGGAGAAUAGGCCGUACCAAAACGUGAAGGCUUGUCGGGCCCGAGAUGGGAACGGAGAGCAGAGACGAGGAAUGGGACGCCGAGGCUGACCUGUGGAGACAAUGUGUCAUCCUCGUAUAAGGUCGUCGAGUUCGCUCUGACGCGGAUCGACGCCACUAGCGACGCCGCUGACGAUGAUCUACGAUC